AUGGGGACCAGUGCAAACCCAAUCCCUGUCUCCAUGGUGGCAGCUGCAAGGACAGCAUUGGAGGUUACACCUGUAGCUGCACAGAGCRGUACCACGGGAAGAACUGUGAAARAGAUAUCUCUCAGUGCCCCACUAAGGGGCCCUUCUCCUGUGACCACUUCUGCAGUCCCAACUUUGGAUCAUACCAGUGCUCCUGCACCACAGGGUACAAGAUUCACAGUGAUAAGAGGAGCUGCAUACCUGCAGUUAAGCACCCCUGUGGAAGACUCCAGCCAACAAACCAAAUCAACAUAGCUUAUCACGUCUGUCCACACAACCGCUGUCCAUGGCAAGUGGUGUUUGUGGAUGAGGCUGGUGRGGAGCUGUGUAGRGGGGUGAUCCUGGGGCCUCAGGCAGUCCUGACCUCAGCUAGCUGCCUYUACAUGGGAAAGAAYGUCCACAGCAUGCAGACAGGUGCCUCAGAUAAUAGUGUGAGGAUCCCUCUAUCGACCCAGUUGUACAUUCACAACCGCCACGAGAGAGGCAGUCUGGAGGACGACCUGGCCUUGGUGAGACUGAAUGAGCCCCUUCCCUAUGGCCCCUCUGUCUCCCACCUGUGCCUGCCCACUAAGGAUUUCAGUGAGAACGUGUUGAUGAGUCCAGGAAGGGAGGGGGUGGCCAGGGGUCCGGACAAGUUCCGGGGGGAAUCCCACCGGCCCCCCUGUCUCUCCUACCUGAAAGCGGAGGGCUGUCGAAACCAGGUGAACGUCUCAGCCCUCACCAACAAGAUGUUCUGUAUGAGGAGCCAGAAGGGCUUCUGUGGGACUGAGUUGACUAGGUUUAAUAGACAGACCUCAAACCAGGACUACGAGGAACUGCAGCCUCUUGUCCGGGACCCCGUUGUGACUGUGGAGAGGGGUACAGCGUUCCUAACAGGCCUGCUGCUUACGCCACCCACGUCACAUGGCUGUGAACAAACCCUGUUGUUCACCAAGCUGUCUCGCUACUUGCAAUGGAUCCAGCAGCGCCUGGAGAUGACAGAGAUGAGGAUGACCCACAAAUGACCCACGACCCACCUGGACCUUAUGUGUAACCCCAACUAAAGGGUUAGCCUGAUCCCUACCUACACUGGACUUACAGCCAACAAGGUUGCGUUCAAGAUUUAAGUUGUUUUUUCCAAGGU